AGACAAGUUUAUGAAACCGUAUGGGCAAGAAGCUCCUGCAUUGAUGAAGGUAUUCCAAGGUCAAUUGAGUUACCAAGAGCUGCUUCUGAAAUGGAGGACUUUUAGAGAUGAAUAUGGGGUCAAGUAUUACUUCGAAGAGCAAGGAGCAAAACUCGCUUAUUGCACCAAAAGAUCCAAAGCUCAUAAUUCCCGCCGUAGAGCCACCAAAAUUUUGUUCUCCAAGACCUGUCAGUGAGCUUGAUGCUGCUGCGGUUAAGCUUAAGAGUUACGGGACUCGAAGAAACCUCCCAGAUUGUGCAGUUGUAGUGGAAGCGCUCUGCAUUGGAGUUUGCUGCUCUCAAGCGAAGCUUGGUAUCAUUCUUCAACAUUGAAAAACCAGAAACC